AUGGACUCCGACGACUCCACCGCCGCCCUCGCAGGCGGCGGCGGCGACAGGCUGAGUAAGCUCGGGGACGCCACGCUGGGCCACGUCCUGUCGUUCCUGCCCGCCGACGAGGCGGCGCGGGCCGCCGCGCUCUCGCGGCGGUGGCGCUACGUCUUCGCCCACGUGCACACCGUCUCCCUCGACGAGCCGGAGCCGCAGCCGGACUCCGACGACGACUCCGACUACGGCGGCUGCUACAGCCCCGGCUACGGCCCGUGCUGCAACGUCAAGCUCGUCCCGCCCUUCGUCAACCGCGUCAGCGCCGCGCUCCUCGGCCGCCUCCGCCUCGGCCAGGAUGUUGAGCUCCCUAGCAUGAGGGAGAGGAUGAAGGAGAUCAACUUCGUGCACUACCAGGGGGGCAUGGCGCAGAGGAUGCUCGCUAAGUUCUUGCUCUGCAACGCCCCGGCUGUCGAUGAAGUGUGCGGCGAGUUUGCGAGCGGGCCUUUGUUCGUCCAGGACAAACUGAUGGAAGAGAUCAAGGGGUGGGUGAUGAAUAAAUCUGCCAACUUGAUGUUCUUCUAG